CACUUGACACCAAAUAUACCAACGGUAAGUUGCAGCUAACUCAUACCUAAAUCAACUCCUCUCUUCUCUAAACUCUACUACUAGUAUUAUCAACAAAAACAAGCAAACAAUAAACUUUAAAACCCACCUUCACUUUCUCUCUCCUCCCUCACAGAGAAAACAGAACCUCUGAAAAGAGUAAGUCCUAAAGAUUUCAGCUUUUUCCCCAAUUUCUCUCAUAAGGGCUUUCCCUCUUUUGCUACUUCUCUCUCUCUCUUCGCCGCCACCCUCCAUUGCCGUUGAUUUGGUACUUACUCAUUUUCUCUCUCUAGAUUCAUUUAUUUCGAUAUAUUCGAUAUAUAUGUGUUUGUUUGUACUUUUUACAAGCAACUUUUGAAAUUAUUUAUUUUUAUAUAGAGUGUUUAUUUUUUGAGCUGAAUCUCAAUACUUUAGCUUGCUUUUUCAGUUGGGGUUGGAAAAGUAGAGAAAUAAAAUUCAAAAUAAAAGAACCCCAUUUUGAUUUCUAUAGUUUCUGAUGCAACUAGAUUGCUCAAUUCUGAAUAAUAGAUGGGUAGUAAUAACAUUGAGAGAUUGUUUUCAGCUAGAAAAUCACUAAAUUUGAGCUCAGAAAAGUCUAAAACUUUAGGGUUAGCUUUAGAAAAAGCUGGGCCUAGAUUGGAGGAAAUUAACCAGAGGUUGCCUUCACUUGAGGCUGCUGUUAGACCUAUCAGGGCUAAUGAGGAUGCCCUUGUGUCUGUUGUGGGCCACAUUGACCGCGCUGUCGGCCCUGCUGCUGCCGUGCUGAAGGUGUUUGAUGCUGUACACGGCCUUGAGAAGUCGUUGUUGUCGGACUCGAGGAAUGAUCUUCCGGGGUAUUUGGCAGUGCUCAAGAGACUCGAGGAGGCGUUGCUGUUUUUAGGAAAUAAUUGUGGGUUGGCCAUUCAAUGGCUGGAGGAUAUAGUUGAGUAUUUGGAGGAUAAUGUGCUUGCUGAUGAGCGGUAUCUUUCAGAAUUGAAGACGUCUUUGAAGGGUCUUAGAGAGUUUCAGAAUGAUGGGGGUAAUGUUUCCCUUGAUGGAGGAUUACUGGAAGCGGCCUUAGAUAAGUUGGAGAACGAGUUUCGUUGUUUAUUGACUGAAAAUAGUAUCCCGCUUCCUAUGUCUUCUGUUGAUGAUCAAGCUUGUAUUGCCCCAUCUCCUCUUCCUGUAGCAGUGAUUCAGAAGCUUCAAGCGAUUCUUGGGAGGUUGAUUGCUAAUAAAAGACUUGAUAAUUGCAUAUCGAUAUACGUUGAGGUCCGAAGCUCGAAUGUGCGGGCGAGUUUGCAGGCUCUUAACUUGGAUUAUCUUGAGAUUUCAGUAUCCGAGUUCAAUGAUGUACAGAGCAUAGAGGGGUACAUAGCUCAGUGGGGGAAGCAUUUGGAGUUUGCUGUGAAGCAUUUGUUUGAGGCAGAGUACAAGUUAUGUAUUGAUGUAUUUGAGAGGAUUGGCUUGGAUGUGUGGAUGGGUUGCUUUGCUAAAAUUGCAGCUCAGGCUGGAAUUUUGGCCUUCCUUCAAUUUGGGAAGACUGUGACUGAGAGCAAGAAGGACCCAAUUAAGCUUCUAAAGCUGUUGGAUAUUUUUGCUUCUUUGAACAAACUUAGGCUGGACUUUAACCGGCUGUUUGGUGGCGCAGCUUGUGCUGAAAUCCAAAAUUUGACCAGGGAUCUUAUCAAGAGGGUCAUUGAGGGCGCAUGCGAGAUCUUCUGGGAACUUCUGGUUCAAGUUGAAUUGCAGAGGCAGACACCACCACCUAUUGAUGGGAGUGUUCCAAGGCUGGUGAGUUUUGUUACUGAAUACUGCAAUAGAUUGCUUGGGGAUGAUUAUAAACCACUUUUAACUCAGGUUCUAGUCAUUCAACGGAGUUGGAAAAAUGAAAAAUUCCAAGAGAGGCUUCUAGUUAAUGCCAUUCUCGAAAUACUUAAAGCAAUUGAACUGAACUUAGAGGCAUGGUCCAAGAUGUAUGAGGAUACCAUCCUUUCAUAUCUUUUCUUGAUGAACAACCACUGGCAUUUAUACAAGCAUUUAAAGGGAACAAAGAUUGGGAGUUUGUUAGGGGAUACCUGGUUAAAAGAACAUGAACAGUACAAGGAAUACUAUGCUGCUAUUUAUUUGAGAGAAACGUGGGGGAAGCUUCCCACUUUGUUGAGCAGGGAAGGUCUGAUCCUUUUCUCAGGUGGUCGUGCUACUGCUCGUGACCUUGUCAAGCGGCGUCUGAAAAAAUUCAAUGAGACUUUUGAUGAAAUUCACAAGAAGCAGUCCGGCUGGGUUGUGUCAGAUAAGGAGUUGAGAGAGAAAACAUGGCAGCUUAUUGUACAAGCAAUUGUGCCUGUAUACAGGAGCUACAUGCAGAACUACGGUCCUUUGGUUGAACAAGAUUCAAGUUCCACUAAGUAUGCAAAAUACACAGCACAGUCUUUGGAGAAAAUGAUUACAUCCUUAUUUCUUCCAAAACCAGGCAGAUUUAACAGCUUUAAAGGAAGGCAGUUUAGUGGAAAGUUUAAUAAUGUCCCAGCAGACCAACAUCAACCAUCUCCUACUGGUUCAAAAUAAUAUGUAUGCUUUAUUAUUUGUGUCAGCUUAACAGCCAGUCCUCAAGUGUCAAUCAAGUAUGCAAAGGCUGAUCUUUGUAUAUAACUCAUAUCCUCGGAGGUCUUAGUUUUGCACUCUGUUAUGGCCCGGGAUAACUGCUUGCCUACAAGGGUUACUGCCAGUUCCAAGCGCGGAGAGAUUAUGACACUGUUGAGGCUAACAGGGAUAGGGCCAGGCAAGUAAAUUACUACCUUCGCCUUCUUCAUUGGAGGUAGUAUAAUGUAUAAUUUUGUCAAGGGUAUUUAAGGUACUUCCAACAUUAGCUAAAUUAUCAUCUGGAGAAAGUGUCUGGGGCAGGACCUUGAUGUACACCCCUCCCCCAAUUAGGAUCAUUAAGUGUAUUAGACAAAUGAAUUGAUAUAAAACUAAUAAUAGAACAUUCAUUUAGUAA